AUGCCUACGGUCAAAGCUGUUAAGGAUUCGAAGAAUCCUUCGUUGAAGUAUUUGAUAGUCAAAUUAAAGGAAAUCCAGUCGUCCUUUUCUGAUGUGUGGGAAUUUGUGGAAACGUUUCAAGAGGAUGCUACUCAUGCGCAGAUUUCGGUUCGACUUUCAGCGAUUGAUGAUUUAUGGGAAAGGUUUGGUGAAGUGUUGAUCGAUAUCAAAUCACAUGAAGAUUUUGUAGCGGAUGUAGAGCUUUACGAUAAGGAGCGAAAGGAGCUAAGUGAUCGAUAUUAUUUCGCAAAAUCGUUUUUGAUGGAUAAAGCUAAGAUCAAACUGCAGUCUUUCAAUGGAAAUAUUGACGAAUGGCUUGGGUUUCGCGAUCUUUACAUCUCACUUAUCCAUUGUAAACCUGAUUUGCCAGAGGUAGAAAAAUUCCACUACUUGAAAGGUUGUCUCCAAGGUGAACCAAAAUCGUUGAUUGAUCCUCUACAAAUCACAAGAGCUAACUACGUAGUUGCAUGGGAUAUUCUUUUAAAGCGGUACAACAACAGCAAACAACUGAAAAAGAGGCAGGUACAAUCGCUUUUCAAGUUGUCUUCGGUGAGCAAAGAGUCCGUUAAUGAUCUUCUUCAACUAUUAGAAGGGUUCGAGAGAAUAGUUAACACUUUGGAUCAGGUAUUAGAAGCAAAGGAUCACAAGGAUCUUCUAUUGGUGAACUAUCUCGUGUCUCUCCUUGAUCCAGUAACUCGUAGAAGUUGGGAAGAAGAAUCAGCCUCCAAGGAAGAAGAUACUUUAUCCGAUUUAACAGAUUUUCUGCACAGGCGGGUUCGAGUUUUGGAAGCUCUUCCACCAAGGUUGAAUGAUACUAAGGGUGCACCUCCACAAAUGUCAGCUAAACAGAGAGGUAAAAACGGAGAAAUUUCGGAAUCUUCAAGGUCAGGUGAAACCAAUGGCACUUCUAAGAGAGGAGAAACAUCUUGUCAGGUUUCUAACACAGCUUCAUCAUCAUGCUUGACAUCGGGUGUCGGGCGCAAGGCUAAUUGUCGGGUUCUUUUAGCAACUGUCGUGGUUCUCUUAGAAGAUGAAAUGGGAAAUAGAUAUCCAGCUCGAGCGCUGCUCGAUUCGGGAUCAGAAAGCAAUUUUAUGUCGGAAAGAUUGAGUCAGCGUUUGAAGAUGAGUCGGAAAAGGGUAGAUGUUGCGAUACUUGGUAUUGGUCGGACAUCUACCAGGGUUAACCACAAGGUUCAAGCAGUGGUGCGAUCAAGGGUGAACAGUUACGUUAAGGAAAUGGAAUUCCUGGUUUUACCCAAGGUAACGGUCGAUCUGCCAACUGCUACGGUUUCAACGGAUGAAUGGUCAUUCCCGAAUGGUAUUGAGUUAGCGGAUCCAUCAUUUUUUGAGUCGAAGGUGGUGGAUUUGGUGUUAGGUAUUGAGUCGUUCUUCGACUUCUUCGAAACGGGAAAACGGAUUUCCAUCGGAGACCAAUUGCCUACACUAACAGAGUCAGUUUUCGGUUGGGUUGUUUCUGGAGGUUUAUCGCAAGAGACUUCAGCACGGAUUGCUUGCACUGUUUCAACGACAGAGUCUCUUGAUACUCUUGUCGCUCGGUUCUGGGCUUGUGAGGAGCUAGGUUCGGAAAACCUUUACUCACGAGAUGAAAAGCGUUGCGAGGAAAUUUUCCAGAAAACGGUACAGAGAGACGGCGAUGGAAGGUACACAGUCUCUCUUCCUAAGAACGAAGAGGUUUUCCCCAACUUAGGCGAUUCGAGGGAAAUAGCCUUACGGCGCUUGGGCGCAACCGAGCGCAGACUAGCUAGGAGUCCGGAAUUGCAUGAGCUGUAUACCAAGUUCAUGGACGAAUAUAUACAGCUAGGGCACAUGAGAGAAGUAAAUGAAACGUCAGAUACUAAACGCUGUUUUUUGCCACAUCAUCCGGUCGAGAAGGAGAGUAGUACGACUACUAAGUUGCGUGUAGUAUUCGACGCCUCGUGUAAAACUACACCUGGUAUUUCAUUAAACGAUGGGUUAUUAACAGGUCCGGUUAUCCAGGAUGAUCUUAGGGCGAUAAUACUCCGCUGUCGAAUGUGUCAGAUCAUGGUCGUGGCUGACGUCGAGAAAAUGUUUCGACAAAUCAACGUAGCAAAGGAAGAUCGCCCACUUCAGUCAAUUCUAUGGAGGAAUUCACCAUCGGAACCAGUAAAGACUUUCGAACUGAACACGGUAACGUACGGUACUAAACCAGCUCCGUUUUUAGCUACUCGUACUCUAAAGCAGUUGGCGUUAGACGAAGCAGAGAGAUUUCCACUGGCCUCGCGGGUAUUUUCGGAAGAUACAUAUAUGGACGAUGUUGUAUCUGGUGCAGACGAUGCAAAAGCAGCACUCAAACUGAGAAUUCAGUUAGAUAAAGCUGCAAAAGCUGGAGGAUUUCGGUUACGAAAAUUCGCAUCAAAUUGUGCAGAAGUCCUGCAAGGGCUUCCACAAGACAGUGUAGCUAUAGAAGAGUCUUCAGAUAGAUCAGAGAAAGAUCCUUCAAUGAAGAUACUUGGGCUCACAUGGUUACCGAAACCUGAUGUCUUCAAGUACAACUUCAACAUCCCUGAAAUUCCAAAAUCCACGGUUUUAACAAAACGCAAGGUGCUGUCGGUAAUAGCUACGCUUUUCGACCCAUUGGGACUUCUUGGUGCUGCAAUAACAACUGCUAAAAUAUUUAUGCAGCAAUUGUGGACGUUAAGGAAUAGCGACGACCAAAGAUUGGACUGGGAUCAGCCAUUGCCUCCAACGGUGGGUGAGGAUUGGCUGAAGUACUACGAACAACUGGUUUCUCUCAACAACAUUCGUAUCAAACGGUGCAACAUAAUCCCAGGAGCCAUCUACAUGGAAAUCCACUGUUUUUCGGACGCUUCGGAGAAGGCGUAUGGUGGCUGCGUCUAUUUGAAAAGCGUCAACCCAAAUGGAGAGGUUAAGAUUUGUUUGUUGUCUGCCAAAUCGAGGGUAUCUCCGCUAGCAAGUCAGUCAAUUCCACGUUUAGAAUUGUGUGGGGCAUUACUAACUGCCGAACUUUUCAAAUUUGUUCAGGAAUCCAUGAAGUUCGAAUAUCCAGUUUACUUCUGGACAGAUUCCACGUGCGUGUGGCGAUGGUUACAGGCUGUUCCAUCUACUUGGACUACCUAUGUGGCAAAUCGAGUUGCCAAAAUACAAAAUCUCACAGAGGGAUGUGAAUGGAGGCAUGUCCCUGGCGUCGACAACCCAUCAGAUCUGAUUUCCCGCGGCAUUUCUCCCGCCGAAAUAGGUCAUUCUCGUUUAUGGUGGGAAGGUCCGUCCUGGUUAGCACUUGAAAAGGAAAACUGGCCAGAACUACCAGAUAAUCACUUAACGGAGAUUGGCGAAGAGGAAAAGCGCCGAACAACAAACACUUUCACCGUCACUUUGGCCUUUGGGUGGAAGAAGCGUAGCUCGGCAGGUUAUUCAAAAAUGUCACACAUGCUUCAAGGCUCGCCCACACCAAUUCAGCAGUUCAUGGCAGAACUGCCGGCUUCACGCGUAACGGUAUCGCGUGCAUUUUGUAAGACAGGAGUGGAUUAUUUCGGUCCAAUAUACAUCCGCCCGGCUCCCAGACGCCCAGUAGUAAAGGCAUACGUUGCUAUUUUUGUGUGCAUGUCAACUAAAGCAGUACAUCUUGAGCUUGUGUCAGAUCUAUCCACAGAACGGUUCGUACAGGCCUUGCGCAGGUUUGUCGGAAGAAGAGGAAAAUGCUCAGAGAUAUUUUCAGACAACGGUACGAACUUUGUCGGAGCUAGAAAUCAAAUGUCGGAAUUGUUUAGUCUGUUGAAGAGUCAGAAUCAUAGAGAAAAGGAUUACAAGGAAUGUGGUAACGAUGGAAUCAAGUGGCAUUUCAAUCCCCCUAGUGCCCCACAUUUUGGAGGUUUGUGGGAGGCAGCGGUGCGUUCCGCAAAAAAGCAUAUUUUAAGGGUUAUCGGGGAAAAUCCUGUGAGUACGGAAGAUUUCACGACGCUUCUAGUUCAGGUUGAAGCUUGUUUGAAUUCGCGGCCCAUUACACCACUUUCGAACGAUCCUAAUGAUCUAGAACCUUUGACACCGGGUCAUUUUAUAAUCGGAGAGUCCUUACAGUCCAAGCCAGAUAAAUCCUACGAAAAAACCCCAGAUAACAGGCUCAACCAAAUGCAGCUGAUGCAGAAAAAUGUUCAGCUGAUUUGA